CACAACGUAUGAGUAAUGCAUAGUAGUGAAUUUUCAUCGGCAUCAGAACACAUGAAAUUUUAUAAGUUUUAAAGUAGAAGCAUUUUGUUUUUGAGAUUUUAAAAACAAAAUUAUCAGUUUACAAUUCUUACAUACACCGAAGGUUAAUCUCUAUCGAAUAAACGCCGAAAAAAAGGACUAGUACUGAAGACGUUUUGAGGCUUACAACUUCUAAUUUCGAGGGAGAGCGUCAUGGACAUGUUGACUAAGUUAUUGUGUCUAGCGGUAUUGCCCUUGCUGGCCCAAGCAAAGUUUCAUCAGACACCGCAAUCGCAAGUCGUUAUACUGGGUGAAACUGUGACACUUCGAUGUGCGGUUACAUACAUCCCAGAAUUAGUUAUCUAUUGGAAAAAAGGACCUGCCCAUAUAAGUAUAGGCCGCAACAUUUUGGCUGAUAUCGGUGUUGAAAAUAUAAGACGAUAUUCAAUAGUUGGAGACGAAUUAAGUGGAGAAUACUUCUUGAAAAUUGUUGAUGUCAAAGUUGAAGAUGCCGGCGAUUACAAAUGUGCAUACGUGAGUAAAACAAGUGGCGCAACAUCUCUGCCUGCUAAGGUCGAUAUUAUUAUCCCGCCUAAAGCUGAUUUUCCAGUCUGUUUAUCAACACCUGACCCCGGGGCACAUAAACCUGGCUCUACUGUUGAGUUAAACUGUAUAUCAUUGGGAGGCAUACCUCGAGCGAAUUUGACAUGGACUCGUGAAGGAGUUAUUCUAGGAAAUGUAACAUCUAACAACAAUAAAGUUACGCGCGUACUUACACCAAAGGAUAACGGAGUAUAUUUCACAUGUUCCGCUACAAGUCCAGCUUUGAGAAAACACCGAAAAUGUACCAUCAUGCCAAUGAAAAUACCACCUUCACCUAUGGUCAAAGUCAGCGCAAACGUUAGUUUGGUCGGUGAUAAUAUCACCGCUAGUUGUCAUAGCGAAGGUAUUCCAGCUAUUGGUUCGUAUACUUGGUUUAUAGAUGGUCGUCCGAUUGACUUUGUAAUUCCACGUUUCUCUGCAAUCAAUCAUCACUUGAAAAUACGAAAUCUCCGCAUGAACGAUAAUAAUGCAAUCCUAACCUGCAUGGUAACAACUACUCUUGGUUUAACUGGAAAUUACAGUACACUACUAAAAGUGGAACUGCCGACAACUACAGUACUUCCCACUACAUCUAUGACACCAACCAAAAACACUGACACUGCAACGGAAUUGUUUUCUAUCAUUGACGAUGAAAACAAUGCUGGAACCGGAGUAAACACAAAGAACGAUAUUGAUACAAGUGUAACACGAUACAAUAUGAAACUAAUCUUAGCAUUGAUAUUUGGAAUGCUCAUAUUUAUCUUUAUUAUCGUCCUAAUGACACUCACUUAUUUCUUUGCAUCACACACCACUAGACCACGCCAGAAGAAGAGUAGCUAUGAAGACUCAACUUUAGGUCCAAACCAAAAAAGUGAAGAUCCUAUAUGUGACAGAGGUUCAAAGAUCAGGCACUUUCCACAUUAUCCUCAAACGUAUGUGUCACAAGAGAUCCCAUUGUCACCUGAUGAUCCUAUGAUGGUAGGAUCCCCUGAAUUCAGUGGUCUGUCGAAUUAUCCAGAAUCUUCAGCUGUGAUUGAAAUUGACAUUAAAGGAAAGUUAACUGAUGAAGAGAAGUUGGAAUAUAAUCAAGCCGCGUUCGAUCCAAUCAUAAAUGCAGGAUUUGUACGCGAGGCCACGGAUGAUAACGCCACCGACAAUGACGCCGCGGAUACUCAAGAAGCUCCAAUGGCAGAGCUGGUAGAUUCGUCUAAAACCUCUUCAGAACAGUGGGGUGCUUCACAAGAUACUGGUUCUGCAAACCACCCGAAAAUGGUUAAAGAUUUGGAUGAGCGUAAAACACACGCAAUGACUUCAAAUACAGAGAAGAACAGCGCGGAGAAUGAGACUUGCGAACAUAACACGGAGUCUACAGAUGACGUAAGACAAAAUGAAACCAUAGUGAAUAGCGAAGACGAUGCUGAGAAUUUGAAUGACGUUCAACAAACAGAAGCGGGUGAUAACAGAGAUUCAAAUUCUAAUACCAUUAGGUACUUGCAGCUCGCCGAAGAGGUGGAUUAACAACAGAAUAUACAUUUUAAGUAAAAUGCUUAACAAGGCUUAGAGAAAACUAUCUACAACUUGAAAUUUCCACCUGGAAAUUAAAACAUCAAGAAAGAAUUUUAACAAUACGAUAUCUAUUAUCGAUAUAACAAAUUGCAAUAGUCUCUUGUAUUCCUUUCAAAGACGUCAUUUUUAGUUUACUGGGUUAUUGUGUAUAAUUGUGUAAAUAUUUGAUAGAUAAAUGAAAUAAUAUAUUUCCAAAGAUUAUAUAUUAUUGUAUAUAGAAGUAUAUAUUUUUAAAUAAUCUUUAUUGAGGAUACAAGUUCCUUAUAAAUCUAUAAUAUUUUACAUAUCCUAAUAUACACAAUAUAGUGGCAUCAAAUUUGCUAUCCAUAUAGGCCUAAUGUGCAUUGGUAGACCUACAGUCUAAUACAAAAAUUAUAUAAAUUCUGUAAUAUUAUUUAUUCAGGACUAAACAAAUGACAUGAGUUAAUGAUAACAUGUAUGAAUGUUUCACUUUACAAUUAUUAUAGGCCUAACGUGGAUGCGUGCAACCAUCGUAAAUGCCAAAUUAGAAGGGUGCUAGUUUCAUGAUGUAGACUUAAACAAUAAUUAACCUCAAAUUGCCAAUACAAUGAAUACUAUUUUUGUAAUUUGUUACAAAAUUUAGGAAAAAUGUUAAAUACAAAUUUACAGUAAUGAAAUAAUUAUAAAUUUCGAACAUGGUUUACAGUGGAACACUCUAGAGGAGCCCUAAUAUUAAAGAAAAAACACAGUAUUACUUAUUUUAUUAAGUCAUUAAUACAUUGGUAUUUAAACUUGUCUAGUAUUUAAGAUAACACUUUCUGUUGUAUGUGGUUCAAAAGUACGACCAUGAUUAUUCAGACAUCGUGUUCCAACGCAUGAUUGAACAUCCUAUUGUAAUAAUUACGACAGCCUCCUGUUAAUAUAUGCUGAUCAUUGUUUAGUCAAAUAAUACUAAUUAGGUCAGUGUCGAUCCAAAAUAAAUUGAUGUAUAUAAUUUCAA